AUGGUUCAUUCACAGGAGUCCUUUAUAAUCGCAAAUUUUGUGUCGAAACUUCGGUCCUCGAGUCCGCUAAGUUGCGACUGUUUACCACAGGAAGCAGAGUUCUGCGAAAGCGACGCAGAUGUUACACUAUACGAGAGAUAUAUAGAAACCGGAAGAUGCCAAAAGAUUAUACAGUGUUCUCUAGAUGCCUUGUCAGUUAUUAGGGAGGUUAGUACGGGCUACGCCGACUUACACUGGAAUCCUGGCCUGAAGCCAGGAGAUGUGGCCACGUUUAAGAUCAUAUACCCAGUACUGAGAUCGUCAUUGGACUGCCUCCUGAAUCAGACAGCGCCGAAGAAAUCUGAAGCCAAGUUUAAGCCGAAAGAGCCGAAGGAAAAGUAUAACGAUUCGAGCACGCUGACGUUCGAAGGGCUGUUUCUACUAAUCAAAAAUUCGUUGGAACUUAUACACCCCCUGGCAUAUUCGUGCGACGGAGUUGUGCUGUCGCAGCUGAUCAGCCUGCUGGAGAGGACGAGUUACAGCGUGCACUUGGCAAACGCAAACCUGAGUAGCCUAACAGUAUACCUGUGCAGACUGUACUCCUUCGGAUACCUCAUCAGAGUCCCGGACAACGAUGACCUGAUCUUGAGACAGCACAGCGUGCUGUUCUACAGAGUAGUCUGCCUGGCACUCGCAAGCCCAGGAAAAACCGUGGACCCGAACGCACUGCUGUUCCUGAAGAGAGUGAAGGCGGAGAAUAUAGACGCAAACCUGGUGAUGUUCAUGAGUAAGUUCGUAGACGUGUGGUACGCCUCACUGGUUAAGCUGAUGGUGUCAAUAAGAACAGAUACGCUGCCGGCGCUGCUGUCAAGCAGGCAGGAGCCGACGGCAAAAAAAAGGGAGCCUGAAGCCUCGCAGGAAACCAACGAAGACCAAGCCUCGGGAUCGGAAUCAGAAGGUGAAAAGAGAUCGGCAGACAAGGGGAAAAAGCUGAUCACGAGCGACAAGGAACAGCUGCUGAUGAAGCUGUGCAAGCUGACGUACGAGACGCCGAAGUUGCCGCCAUCGCAUAGAAUGAGACUUAUCACGCAGAUAACGUUCAUACUGCUGGAGGCGAACAGCAACGAAUUGGAGCUGGAGGCACUGAACGCAAUACUGGCACUGCUGGACUUCUCAGACGAAAGCAACAGCGCAAUCCUGAAGAAUAACCUUUUGCCGCUGCUCAAGGCGCUGACGGGGGUCCUGAUGAACAGAGUGGAGGCGAGUGGAAUAGGUCUGGUUAACAUAGUGGAGGAAGUGCAAAUUGAAAAGUAUGUGCUACUGGUGUAUUGCCUGGGACAAGUGCUGCUCAACGUAGUCCUCUUCAAGCACGAGUACGACGAAGAAAACGUAGAUAAGUUCCUGCAGGAACAGAUAAAACUGAUAGACCCGAGGAGAGAAAAUAACGAUAGGGCUCUGCAGUCAUGGGACCUGGAGUUGUUUGAAAUGACGAGCAACAUAAUGAAGAUAUUUCAUCACCUGUUGAGCGUAAACGACGAUAAGGUGGACGAGGCAGUAACACACGUAAUAUGCUGGAUGUUGACGGAAACUAACUUUGAAUACACGUUUAAGUUAGCAGUGCCAAUAUGCUGCUUCAUGCUGAGGACAAAAAACAGUAGAAUGCUGGACGCAAUAUACGGAAAGUCAGGAACGAGAGUGACCACAACACAAAUAGCAAUCUCGACGAGUAAAAGGUGGCUGUCAGGAUCGAAGAUAUUUAAGACGUCACUGGAGUAUUAUUUAAACACACGCACGAAUAAUGAAUCGAGUGAUGAAAGAGGGAGUAAGGUAGGAGGAGACGCGGAAAGGACAGGCGAAGAUGAAGUGGACGUGUACCUGGAGACGGACACGGUGGUUAAAAGUUUAUUCCUGAACAUGUUUGAAAGUUACCUAGAGGUGAUGGUGGAGACGAGCGGAAACGUGGAGGAGGAGAUGGAGGAGUGUCUGGGGAUCUACUUCGCGUGCUUCGGCAUGGAGGACUACCUGAAGAGAAUGCCGCUGGAGAAAUUGUACAAAGUGCCAAUCACGAAUGAAAGGUACAGAGUGGAGUCGUACAGCUUCAUGCUGCCAGUGCUGAAGAGGCAGAUGAAGGGACUGAAGAUGAGGGAGUUCGCGAAGCACAUACUGCCAGUGCUGAACAGCCUCGACUACUUCGUUAAUAAGACGGCGCAGAUAAGGUGCAAGGCAGGAUCAAUCAAGGAAACAGCAGGGGAAGCAGAAGAAGGAGUGAAGAGGACGCCCUCGGAAAAGUGGGCGAAGAGACUGAGGUACAUCAGUAAGCUGGAAAGCGUGCACAAGGAGUACGAAGGAGUGUACAACCAGCUGCUGCAGCUGUGCGUGCCGCUCUCAAGUGACCCCGACGCAAUAGAAGUGCUGGUGGAAGACAACUACGCGCUGCUGAAGUACAUCGUGACGCUGCUGGACAAGGGCGCCGAGAGGUUUAACACGGCGUGCAAGGUUAUAGAAAACCUGGAGGGGCUGAACAGAGUGGGACUGGAGCUGAUAGGAAUCCUGGUGAAAAAGUACAUCAACAUAGAGAUAAACAUGGAGAGGACGCCCGAUAACGGGAACAUGUGCGAAAACAUACUGGCAGCAAUAGGAAACGUGUCGAGGUUCUGCGCGUCUGAGGUGCUCUCGAAAAACCUGCAGUCGUUCGAAAAGGCGCUCAACGGAAAGAGGAACGACGCACUGGUGAGACUGUCGAAGGCACUCUUCCCGUACGUGAGCGACGACCUGAAGCAGACGAUGUACAGAAACUACCUGAGUCAGCCGAAAGAAAAGUACGUCUACGUGGCGCUGAAGGUGGCCCUGGAGACGGUGAUGGAAAAACUGGAGAAAAACAAGGACCUGCUGAGAGCAAUAAACAACGCAUCGCUGGACCCGUACAGAGUGAAACAGAAGAACGGAUCGUUAGAAAGGGCGGAAGGGAUGGAAGCAGGAGCAAGAAACGGGCAGUUGAGUAGCCUGGAGAUAACGCCAGACCUGCUGAAUGCGCUCAGUGGGUCGAAGCCAUGGAGUGCAGGACAGGGAGGCCAAGGAAGCAUAUCACUACCAGACACGCUCAGCAUGGCAAACGUGACAGGAAUGAUGGGAGGCGCAAGCGGUUUGCCAGGCCCAGGGGUCACUCCGAGUUUAGGAGCCACACCGCUUCGAGGCAGUGUGCGGGCCCCAGGAACCAUAGGAGUCGCAACGGCUGCAAUGGAGCACGCAGAAGAUAUGGGCGCAGUGGAUAAAAUGAAUGCGCAGAAUCUCACGGCUUUACGGGCUUCGACCGCGAGUGGUGGGACUAGUGACGCGAGAAGGUACGGAGAAGAGGCGACUCAGAAUGCUAAAGACCCGGGACUGAGGAAGAGUCCAAGGCUUAGCGGUAAGAUGACGCCGAGUAUGGGAAUCAGGGACAGUGAUGAUGAUGGAAAUGACAACAAUGACGGCGACCGUGCGCCAGAGAUGGAUCUGGACGACGCAAAUCCAGGUUCAGAAAAACUAAUGAGAGUCAAAAAAAUGAGCACAAGUGGGUCUGAGGACGUUAAAAGGAGAUCAGGACAAUCACUAUUAAGCGACGAGUCGACAUUGAGAGGAAGGAGGAGAGAAUUGUCACGCGACGGCAAGGAGAGGAGAGGUAGCGACGGGGAUGUGAGAGGCCACUCAUCAGAAGAGUUCGAGGAUUCGGAGGAGCACGAGAACGACGACGGCGCAGUGACUAAAAACUGGGAGGAAGACGAAGAGUACAAGUUCGUGAAGAUGGUGGUGAGGGUGAAUGGGAUGUGCGAGUUGGCGACGUACCUGGAGAUACUCUCGGAAAGCGUGGACACGGCGAAGCAGAGGAUAAGCUGCCUGGUGGCGUUCACGAAGCUGCUCCUGUACCUGAAGGAGAACCUGGACAACGUCGACUACGGCACGCUCAUAGCGCUGAUCACGAAGCCGCUGAUCUUCGAGUGCGUGGUCAACUGCUGCACGAACAACAAGGUGAACAGGGCGAGCUCCUUUUUGAUCUACCACAUGCUCUACAAGUUGAACGGGAACUACCACCACGUGUUGAAGGUGACGCUGUCGACGCUGUACUACAACCACGCGAUAAACAAGGAGGGAGAAAACGUCAACAUUGGGAUCAUGAAGCUGCUGUGUAACAUAUUCGGAGCGUGCUACAAGGAGUUCGACAACAUUGAGACGCUGAGGCUGGUGGUGUACCUGAGCGGAAGGCUCACGCAGUGCAGCUACAGGUUCUACGUGCAUCUGCUCAAGUUCUUCAGAGUUGUCAUGGUGCACAUGAACAACGACCACCUGAUACAGGCGGCGCAGCACAUGAUGAAGCUGUUCUACAACGAAAGGUACGCGAACAAGGCGAAGACGUACGAGCUCCAGCAGGAGUACCCGCACCCGUACAACGGCUUCGAACAGCUGCCGAUAGUGGACCAGUCCGUGCCCAAUAAUAAGGAGCACCUCCUGGUGCGAAGGAGAGCGGCCGCGGCGCACAAGUUGAGGAAGAAGGCGCUGGAGGAGAAGGAGAGGGAAAGGGACAAGGCCUACCGCUACAUCAAGAUCAGCAAGAAGGGGAGCAAGAAGGAGACCGUCAAGGUGCUGAAGAGCAUCAUCAAGAACAAACACAAAUAA